GAGGAAUCUUUUCAAACAAAGAAAGAAUUGUACUCUAUUUAUUUUCAAGAGGCCAAGUUGAGAAGAGAGCUUGACUUUCCAAUCGACGAAGACAAACCAAGUCCUUUUCGAACUUACCAAAGACUAGAUCAUGAACGUGCAGAAAGAAGAAAGUUCUUUUCGUUCAAUGGCCCAACAUUGAGAAGCAGGUCGCUUCCAAGCAUCUGUGACCCUGGUCUUACCACAAAUCGACAACAAUUGCUCCCAGCGACCAACAGAGAAAUAUCCCAAACACGAGUAGCUUCAAAGUGGCAAGAAUUAACCCAGAGUUUACAAAGUAUCAAAGAGGGAAACGUCGUUGACCAACUUUCGAGAAAGACACCUUCUGGCGAUGAUUCCAAAAUCGACGCCAGCCGUCCUGUAACAAGACGAAAGAGCCGGUCGGACGCAAAGAGGAAGGCGCCGCAAAAAUGGAACGUAACUAUACAUAGACGAGUACCGAUAAUAAUUUAG